AUGAAAGCCGAACGAAGUCAUCACGGUGUUCCAGCCGUUGGAAGAACGGAGACUCGGUCGUUGGUUCUCGCCAUGCCUGCGGUUGGAGUUAACAUGGAGGCUGCCCGACCAUGGUUCAUGGAGCUGAACGAACGUGUGCCGAAGAGGCGGCAACAUGCCGAGGAGUCCGAGAAGGCCGAGCGCGUCCCGCGCGACCGAAAACCCCAGCAGGAGACGUCAGGAGGCGGUGAGCCUCUCGCGCUGAUGGACCAAGCCAGCGCUCAGUCUGGGCGCAACUACUGUGUGAUGACAGAACGGGGCAAAGAGACCUGGGAGGCGUUCCAGGCGACGGUCGGGCCAGCGCAGAAGUGGGAUUCCCGCUUGGUGCUGGGUCCCGAGCCCCAAGUGGCGGCGGAGGCGAUCCGCCGAGCCUUGGGCUUGGCCGUUUGA